AUGUCGCGACUGCACAGCAGCAGGGCCGCAGGCUCUUCAGCGUGCCGCGGAGGAGCUGUGCAGAGUCGCAGCAAGGAUGGAAGGUGCUCGGGCGACAACAGCCGAACGAGCGGCGGCAUCGUCUGCGUCGGCGCUGCGUGCAAAUACUUCUGCAGUGAAGAAGAGUGGGCUGGCAUGCACAAACGGCUCAUUCCCCUCAAUGGAGACGACGAGAACCUCGUAGACAGAUACGAUGUGCGACUCCUCCUUAACGACCCCGAGGCCCUCAACAAGAAAAAGAAAACCUACUCGAGCGACCGCGUGCGCGAAAUCCUCGGCGAGACGCCAGCUCUCGACAGAGAACGAUAUCGAGAUUUGCCUUCGUCUAACUUGUUCGAGGACGAAGUGCUGGAGCGGCUGAGAGACGACCGCGGAAAGUACGGCGAGGCGUGGACCCCGACGCGCGAGCUGCAGAGGCUGCGCGAACAAACGGCGCGCGAGACGCGAGACAGACGCGCAGGGGGCGGCGGCGGAGGCACGGGCGGCGCAGGGUUUGACGACGCAAGCGUCAAUGCCGGCCUCGGCGACAUGUCCGCUGUCCCCCCUCCGGCUGCGCUGGACGCGCCCGUCGACGCCUGCGGGAGAGGCGACGCCUGGCGCGGGUCUCCGCGCGAGGCGGCGGAGAACUCGAGUGAAGGCGCGAGCGAGCGCGACGCGGAGAGCGGCAGCGAGCGCGACGACGACGCAGGGGGCGAGCGCGACGCUGCGGGCGACUCCAGAAGCAGCCGAGCCGCUGACAGCGACGAAGAAGGCGCCGGUCGCGCGCGGUCGCGGGCACGCCAGCGCCCACGCGGCGAGAGUGCCUCAGAGGACGACGCAGAAGACCGCGAACGCCCGCGGAGAAAGACAGAGAGAGAGUCUGCGCGCGGCGCCGAAGAGAGAGGCACGCUCUGGCGAGCGGCAGAGGAGGAGGAGACGGCGCGAGAGGAGCGACGCGCAGCCCGCGUGCAGAGGCGAGGGGGGCAGGGAAGGGACGCGGGCGACGAGGGAGAUGGGAGCGACGAAGGAGACGCGGGAGGCAACAGCCGCGCGAGUCCGCCUGCGUCCCGCGCUGGAGAGCGGCCUCGCGGGCGCCAGAACGGCGGCAAGCGAGAGCGCGGAGGCGACGGCGUAGCGCAAGCAAACCGCGAAGACCAGGCGCAGCCCAGAGAGUGCCGGCACCCAUUCCAAAAGGAACCAGAAGGCAAGCGCAGGCGCGCGGCGGGUGAGGACGCUCGCGAGUUUCGUGGCGAAGACCGAAGAGCUGCGGCGCGAAAGGCCCGGCGCGCAGAGGCGGCAUCUUCUGAAGAGGAGGGAGAAGAGUCCGUAGAUCCAGACACUCCGCGGGAGCGGAUGGACGGCGGCGGACGGCCGCGGCGGGCGCAGUCUCCGUCCCCCCCCACUGCGGAGGCCUCGCCGCGAGCGCAAGUCCACGCGGAGCGCAAAGAAGGACCAGGCGAAGAGGACUGCUUCGUGCCUCCGUUUUGGCUCCCGCGAGACAAGAUUCCUCACCUGCCGCGAACUCUGAAGGAGCAUCUAGUCAUUGAGUGCACGGCCCACUUCGUUCGAACGGAAGGGAGUCGCAUGGAGUUUCGGCUGAAGCUCGAUCCGGCGGCGAGCGCCCAGCUGCGCUUUCUGCACGUAGACCAUCCCCUGCAUCCGUACUACGCGUACCUGCGGCAGACGGGCGAGGCGCUGCUGCUGCAUGCGCCUUCUCUUCUGCCGCCGAAGCUCCUCUUUUUCUCCAAGCUCGUCUACACGCAUCUGCCUGCGUGGGCUGCGGCGGCGAAGGAAGAUCCUCUCGAGCCGCGGCACGACGGCGCGACGGCCGACGCGCAGGCCGACCGCGAGGAGAUCACCGACGUUUCACCCGCCGGCGCCGCGAUGAGAAAAGCGAAGCGAGAAGGAGGCGCGCGAGUUGGCGAAGACGCACGCCCCAGAGAGGAGAAGGAAGAUGAAGAGGAGAGGCCCAGCCGGGACGCAGCCGAAGGCCGCUGGGUGGAAGGCGCGUCAGCUGCGCAGGGAGAGGGCGCGCAGGCGGCGCGCGUCUGCUUGGUGGACGCAGGCGGGCAGGGGAAGGCGAAGGCUCGAGUGAAGACAGAGGAGCAGGGCGGGGCGGAGAAGUCGCAGAGCCCAAGCGACGUGAAAGCAAGUCGCGACACGGGGCAUUCGCUGCUUCUUCAGGCGAAGAACGAAGAAGACGAGGGAGGCGUCAGUCUCCUAAUGUCCUACGGGUCCGACGACGAGGGCGACGCGGCCGACGAGGAUGUGCCAGAGGGAGACAUUGUCGCUGAGGACGGCGCGGCGCCGUCUUCGCCGUCCGCCGCCAGUCCAACGUGGGCAGCGAAGGCGGCGAAGGAGGAAACGGCCGCGGCCGCGCCUCCCGACGAAGAAGAUGAAGAUGAAGACAACGAGCUGGACGCAGUAUGGCAGAGCGGCAAGAAGCUGCGCGUGGCCUUCGCGUUGGAGUCGCGCAAGGUGAAGCCUCGCGGGGGCACGCCUGCGCGCGCGGGCUGCGCGCCCGGGGUGCUGAAAAUAAUCUCCAAGCGGAGGGUCGCGCCCCGGGGGGCGAGCGAGUCGGCUGCGCCCGAGUGGGCAGUCGACGAGCGAGACCCUGACGCGGUCGUCGCCGCCUUGGAUGAGCUGCCGGAGCUGCCCUGGGCGAAACCGAACGACAAACUCAAGCUGACAGAUGUGUCUGCGUUGAUCAUUCACCAAAUCGGCUGCUGGCUGUUGGUCUCCGGAGAGGAGACGAUGGUCGACUUUGCCCUGCAGAUGACCAGUGAAGACUCGCGAUUCUUCUUCCUCGACCGCACACAGAUCGCGUUUUGCUACUUCAGAUAUGUGCUGCGGAGCGUGCUGCGAGCGAAGAAGGAAGGAAGGCCAACGGCGAAGGCUCCGGCCCAACUCACGUGGCACCCCGUGACGCGCGCAUUUCUGGCGCGGCUGCGUUUUGAGCACCACCUGAGUCAGAAGAAGGUGCAGACCACGGCGGAAGGCGCAUCGCACGCCGACGGAGACGAGGUGCUGACCGAGUCGAGUAUCAACGAGCAUGCAGCCGCCGCUGCCGCAGCCUCCAGCGCUCUGGCCGCAGAGGCUGCGGCGAUUGAAGAGCGGCGGACGGCGGAGGCGCUGGCUCUACGGGACAUGCUGGCUGGCGCAGCUGGAGCGGGCUUUCGCGGCUUGGAGACUCAAUGGGCGCCGGAGGGCUCCGUUGUAUGCACACCGGGAGGCGCCCCGCAAACGCUCGCGCCAGACACUCAAAACAGCACCAAUCCUGUGACUGUGGCGGAGGUGGAGAGCGCCGCAGAGUCGACGACAGAGAGCUUGAACAGCGCGUCCGCGCAGUCGUACCUCUCAGAUUGCAACGGAGACGACGCGCAGGCGUCGCUGGCCGCGCGGGACUCUCAGGCGGCGGCCGCGACUCCCGCGAGUCAAUCUGCCCCGUCGCCGUCGGCUUCCGGGGCUUGGGCGGUGGAGCCCAGGGGGGACCAGGGGGCGCCCGCAGCUGCCGAGGUGCCGGAGGGCUGCACGAGCCCGGUAGAGGAUCCUGCUGCGCUGGUUGCGAGGGCCGUAGCGGAUCCUUCGUACGUGCCCACUGCCGUCAGUCUGUUGACGACCGACAUGUAUGCCGCUGGGGCGGCGGGCGACGCUCCGCGCUACGCCAUUCUGUACGCAGCGUAUUGUCAACUUUGCACUUACGUGAAGGCAGCGGCGAUGCCCAGCAGUGUAUCAACCGCAGGAUCCUAG